UGGAAAGAAAACAUCCGCGUGCGCGUUUCCGCGGAGCAGCAGCAUGUCCGUCGCCAGCAUCGUCCCUCUGGAGGACGGAUGGGAAAAAAUCAAGAAUGAGGGCAUAAAGGUGCUCGAAGAGUUUUUAGACACCGGGCACAUUAGAAAGACUGUCCCUCAGAACCAAGAUCCGGCCAAGCCUCGGAAUGUCUUCAGCAAGGCCAACUAUGCAGAACUGUACACGACCGUCUACAACAUGUGCACACAGCGGACGCCCAACAAUUGGUCGGAACAGCUGUACCGGCGCUACGGCGAGGCCAUGUCGGACUAUGUCCAGCGUCAGGUGCUACCAGCCCUCAAAGACAAGACAGACAUCCCGCUGAUGAAGGAGCUCCUGCAUAGGUGGUCCAAUCACAAGAUCUAUGUGAAGUGGAUGGACAGAUUCUUCACUUACUUGGACAGGUACUACGUAAAGUUGCAGUCAGUGGAGCCUCUGCACAACAGGGGCUACAGCAUUUUCAACACCCAGGUCUUCCAGAUUGUCAUCAAAGACACCAGGGCUGCACUGCUGAAGGUGAUCAACCAAGAACGGCAAGGCGAGCACAUUGACCAGGACUUGGUCAAAGGUGUGAUUGAAAUUUAUAUCGACCUUGGCCUGAAUAACACCAACCUCUACAACACCGAAUUCGAGGAAUCCUUCCUGCCCGCCACAACGAGCUACUUCGUGAGGCAAGCCUCAGGCUGGCUCUCGGAGGAUUCCUUCCCAGAGUACCUGCGAAAAGCUGAGGCCGCGCUCCAUGCAGAAGAACAGAGAUGUCACAACUACCUCAGCAGGACGACGCUUCCCAAGCUGAAGAAUGUUGUGAUCCAGGCAGUUCUUGCCCAGCCACAGGCACAAUUGCUGGAGAAGGAGACGGGUGUAGUAUACUUGCUGGACAACGACAAGCGGGAGGACCUGGCGCGGAUGCAUCGUAUGUUCACGCUGGUGGACAACGGUCUGGCCCCCAUUGCGCAAUCCUUCCGCCAGUAUGUCACUGACAGGGGGAACCAGAUCGUCGAUGAGCGCGUGGAGCAGCAGAAGAGCAUCUCCUCCAAGGCCGAGGCUUUGAACGACCCAACUUUUAUCCAGACGCUGCUGGAGCUGCAUGAUCGCUUCAAAGGCAUUGUGCACGAGUGCUUCUCCCAAGACUCGCUCUUCCAGAAGUCACUGAAAGAAGCCUUUGAAGUCUUUGUGAACCGCGACAUCGGCAAGUUCUCUUUUGCUGCCUUGAUGUCCUCCUUCUGCGACCGCAUCCUCAAGAAGUCAGGAGAGCGGUUGUCGGAUGAGCAAGUGGAGACCCUCCUGACGAAGAUGGUCGAACUCUUCUCCUUCCUUAGCGACAAGGACCUCUUCGCGGAGAUCUACAGGAAUCAGCUUUCCAAGAGGCUGCUGUACGAGACCUCAGCCUCAGAAGAUGCUGAGAAGAGUAUGAUCGCCAAGCUGAAGAUGAAGUGCGGUGCUCAGUUCACCUCCAAGCUGGAGGGCAUGUUGACGGACCUGUCUUUGGCCCUUGACACGCAGAAGGACUUCAAGGAGCACUGCGAGCGGUUGCCAGAGGGCAAGGGUGCGCUGGGCGGAAUCGACUUCAACGUUACAGUGCUGACCACUGGAUUUUGGCCCUCCUAUCAGGUGCAGGAAGCCAGCCUUUGCCCUGAGAUGCAGAAGGCCAUCCAAGUCUUCAGCAACUACUACAAUGGGAAGACGCAGCACCGGCGGCUGCAAUGGAUCCAUUCCCUGGGCCAGGCGACCAUCGCCGCCAAGCUGAAUGGCCGCAGGCAUGAUCUCAUCGUCAACUCCUAUCAGGCGUUGAUCUUGCUGCUCUUCACCCGGGAUGAGGCGCACAACCUGAGCUUUAUCCAGAAUUCGACGGGCUUGGAGCCCGGCAUGUGCAAGAAGCUUCUGGCAACGCUUUCGAUUGCCAAGUUCAAGAUCUUGAGCAAGACGGGCGAUCUCAAAACCAUCGAGGAUGACGCCUCCUUCGCGCCCAAUGAUAGCUUCCAGUGCCAGCACCGGAAAAUCAAGAUUCCGCCUCCCGUGACCGAGGAGACGCACAACAAGGAGCGUGUGGAGGAGGAUCGAUCAAUUGCCAUCGAGGCGGCCAUUGUGCGAAUCAUGAAGAUGAGAAAGACGCUGAAUCAUCAGCAGCUCGUCACCGAGGUGCUGACGCAGCUGGCUUUCUUCAAGCCCAAUCCCAAACUGGUGAAGCAGAGGAUCGAACACCUGAUCGAACGCGAGUACCUCGAGCGCGACAAGAACCAGGCAUCCGUUUAUCGCUACCUGGCGUGAUGCUGGCAAUGUUUGGAGAUGUGCAUGCGCCCGAGGCACGCUCGCCUGCAAAGUCUCACCCUGUCACUGCAUCUUCCACGCAGCGACAGCGGGCCGACGCCGGGACGCGCGACAUGCGAUGACAAAUAGAUGGUGCAGACAAGCUGCCAGAGGGAAAA